AAUAAUACUGUAUAAAAUAAUAUGUACACUUAUUUUUGAUCAAUUUUUUUUAUACCAAAAAUCAUGAUGGAGUUGUCAAAACGUAUGUAAAUAAAGGAUUAGUAGAGGGGAUUUGACGUUAUUUCAAAAGUCGAAUUAAUAUAAAGAAAUAAACGUACUUAUUGUUAUUCCUGCCGAUAGAAUUUAUUUUCCCUGUUUUGAAUAAAGUAUUCUUUUCUAGCUCAUUCCUAAAAUACAAAUGCCUUUCAUAUCCCUUGUAACAACUAUCCUAACCUAAAAUAAUAUGAUCUUCGUUGUAUUCUAAUGAUUUCUGUUACACGUCAAUAAAUUUUAUUAUACAAUGGAUAACAUAUUUGGGAAAGAGGACUCUGGAAAUGAAAGUGAGCACAUAGAUGUGGAGGAAAAGGAAGAGAAGGGUAGUCCUUCUCCACAUUCUGGAACUAAGGAUGCGGAGUCAAUGGAUAUUGAUAGUAUGCAGGUCAAGGUAGAAUCAGAUGCCAUGAGCUCUCAAUCUCAAUCUGAUGUUGAAGAAGUAGGAUCCAAUUCAUUGUGCACAGCUGUGGAAGAUCAGUUGGAAAUUGUUAAACAUGAAAUUGAGAUGAGAGAAGAAGAUCAAGCUACAGAGGACAUGUUUGAAAAUGAUAUAGUUCUACCUCAUGCGAAUCCAACAAGUAUUAAAGAAAGAAGAGAAAGCAAAGAAAAAAGCAAGAAAGAGUUGGAAGAAGAAGAGAGAGAAAAGAUGCAAGUAUUAGUUUCAAAUUUUACUGAAGAUCAAUUGGACAGAUAUGAAAUGUAUAGAAGAGCUGCUUUUCCAAAAGCAGCGAUAAAAAGGAUUAUGCAAACUAUAACAGGUUGCUCUGUAUCACAGAAUGUAGUUAUUGCUAUGUCUGGUAUCGCAAAGGUGUUUGUUGGAGAAAUUGUAGAAGAAGCUCUUGAUGUUAUGGAAACUCAUCAAGAAACAGGGCCAUUACAACCGAAACAUUUGAGGGAAGCCGUUCGAAGAUUAAGACUUCAAGGACAGAUUCCGAAUGGUCGUGCUCAUAAGGCGUUUUUUAGGCUAUGAAUACUUCGUGGCUAAUGUUAAAUAUACGUUAAUUUAGAAGAUUGUUAUUUUUCUACAAAAGAGAAAUUUGAUAAAUGCAUGAUACAGAAGCGAGCCAAUUUAGAAGCAAGUACAAACGAGUUUCAAUUAGAGGUGUAACAAAUAUCUGCUGUAAAUGUUUUGUGUACACUGAAAUACUCAUAUUAUUUGUAUUCGCGUAAAAAAUAACUUCCAUUAUAUAGCUAUUAUAUUUAUACAUACGAAAUAAGACGAAUAUCAAAAAUAUCGUUAUCUCGAUUUUAUUGGGUAUUAAAUAACCUGAACAUA